AUGGGUAUUCCUGGGCUCAUCAGUGCAAUUGGCCCAGGAGAGCGCAUCUCUCUGGCCAAGUUGGCGGUGACGCACCUGGAGCGGACAGCAAGGCCGAUCCGCAUUGCAGUCGACAUUUCGAUCUGGCUCUUUCAAGUCCAAGCAGGUCGAGGUGGAAGAAACCCAGAGCUACGCACACUAUUUUAUCGAUUAUUGAAAUUACUUGCAUUGCCAGUUCACCCACUUUUCGUUUAUGAUGGACGGCAAAAACCUGCUUUCAAGAGAGGCAAAGCAGUAUCAACACGCAGUUAUGGCAGUGCGCCGAUCAUCAAGCGCUCCAAGGACCUCAUUGAGCGAUUCAGGUUUCCGUGGCAUGAGGCACCGGGCGAGGCAGAAGCCGAAUGUGCACGAUUACAGCAGGCAGGCAUUGUAGACGCUGUCAUGAGCAACGAUGUCGACGCAUUGAUGUUCGGAUCGUCUUUUACCAUUAUGAAUUUUUCAAAAGAGAGCGGAAGCGGCAGCUCUUCUGCAACUCAUGUCACAUGCUAUUCAAUGGGACAGGAUGGGCACCCAUCAAACAUACCCCUUGACCGACCGGGAAUGAUUCUAUUCGCUAUGCUCAGUGGAGGUGACUAUCUACCAUCUGGUGUUCCGAAAUGUGGCAGUAAGCUUGCUGCAGAAAUUGCCAAGGCUGGAUUCGGCGAGGAUCUUCUGCAGGAGCUUGCAUCGCAAGCAGACGUGGAUACAGGAUUGAACGAGUGGAGAGAAAGACUCCAGUAUGAACUUGAGGAGAACGAGAGUGGGUAUUUUACGAGAAAACACCCAGCAGUUCGAAUUCCAGCCGCUUUUCCGGACCGACAAAUUCUCGAAUACUAUGCCCAGCCCAAAGUUUCCAGCGAUGAGGAAAUGACCUUCCUGAGAAAUCGCCUCGCACAGGCUUGGGAUAAUGAUAUCGAUCCCCUGGCAAUCCGAACAUUUGCUGCAGACCACUUUGAAUGGAAUUAUCGAUCGGGGGCAAGGAAAUUGAUCAGACUACUAGCUGAGCCUCUUAUCUCGUACAGACUCCGUCUCCAGAGACCAGUUCUAGGCGUGUCACCUGGUUUUUCAUUUGUGCCCGACUGCCCACCUGGUCUGCAAAAGGUGUAUCGAUGCCGGUCAAGCUUUGGCACUGAUGCAGUGCCAGAAGUCCAGCUAGAUAUGCUGCCCGCAGAUGUUGUUGGGCUGGAUCUCCUUGCUGAGGAACCAAACCCACCGCUUCCAUCCCAGACUAGUGUGCAGGAGGGGGAGGAAGAGGACGACCCCGAGGUAGCUGCUGGAUCGCCACCUCCGACACCAUCGAAGUCUCGGGUUACAAAACAAUUUGAUCCGUUUUCGCUCGAAAAGGUCUGGGUAUUUGAAACUGUCGCAAAAUUAGGUAUUCCAGGAGUCGUCAAAAAUUGGGAGAAGGAGCAAACUGAAAAAGCUGCGAAAGCCGAAGAAGCUGCGGCGAAAAAGAAGACCAGUACUCGACGCACCGGUCCCAAGAAAAAGGGACCAAUUGAUGCUGGAAUGAAACGGGGGAGUAUCUUGAAGUACGGAACUCUCACGAAAGAAAAGUCCGAAUUGUCAACAACCAAACAAGCGCACUUGUUGGAAGCAGCUAGAUCGACCCAGAAUCCUCUUUCCCGGCUUGUUGGCGGUUCCGGGUCCUCUUCGCCAAUAAUUUUGGACCAGGAAGACGACCCUUUCUCCUCUCCGAGCAUGUAUAUUCAACAGAGGUCUUCACUGACGAUGCACUACGCUUCUCGGGAGGCCGAUGCUAUCCUUGAUUCAUUCUCUUCGAUGUGUAACUUGUCUCCUUCUGCCGAUAUGAAGCGUCACCCCGUGUUGGAUCAGUCCCGCAUUAGAUCACGGCGCACAGCUUUGGGGAGUGGUCGGGUUGAUGUUGAAGAAUCGGACACACUGGACAUGAACACUGGUUAUUCUCCGUCUCGACCAGCACGGCGCAUGGGGCUCAAAGUCAGCUACUCGGUCUCUGACGUUUGUGAUUCUGAGACUUUCCUGGGAGACUUUCCAGUCAGAGCACUGACGGCACUGCCCUCUGCGUCCAGGAAGACUGUAUCGAAAACCACCAAGGUGCAGUGUGAGGAAAAGGCCGAGGUUGAACACGUCGAAAAAGCCAUCAAGUCCCUUUCUCUGUCGUCGAGAAUCGACGAGGGUCAGUGUGAAAAGACUGUAACUCGCUCAUUGCGUCAACCCUGCACGAAGAAAGCACCGCAAGCAAGAAAAAUUCAGACUCGUUCCUCCAAAAUCGAAGAUGUCGAACCACCCCGUGCUUGCAGUCAAGCAAACCCCAAGCCCAAUCUCGAGCCGGAGCAUACCCUGCCAUUGAGCUUAAAAACAUGUGAAAACAACGAGACCAACGACGUGAAUAAGUCUCCCAAGAAGCCUUCAAAGGAUACUGCGAGCGCAGUUUCGAAGCACAAAACCACAGGGCACUUGGAAAACGUUGUAUUGCACGACGGCUUUUGGUCGAUCGACCAAUCUCCGCCUGAACAAGAUCCGUGCGAAGCCUCAGCUGCUGAUGGCCGGGGAAGAGCGCGCAGCCAGACUCAAGCUGCCAAGAAGAAAAGAAUCCCACGCGUCAGCAUUCUUGACCUCGUUGAUUAA